UAACAAACACUUGUGGUAUAAAAAGGCCAGCUGCUAGCAGAUAUGUCUGACAACGUGAGCUCCAGAAUUGACACCCCAACCAACAUCUCUCUGAGUCCCAGUGCCGCCGUCUCUGAGUCAUUGGAGUACAAGACGGUGUCAGUGUUCCUGGUCCUGCUGGUGUGUGGCGUGGGCAUCGUGGGGAACAUCAUGGUGGUCCUCGUAGUCCUCACCACGCGCCACAUGCGGACACCCACCAACUGUUACCUAGUCAGCCUGGCCAUAGCUGACCUGACGGUGCUGGUAGCAGCUGGGCUGCCCAACGUGUCGCACAGUCUGACAGGCACAUGGGUCUUUGGCCAUGCUGGCUGUCUGGGGAUCACCUACCUUCAGUACCUGGGCAUCAAUGUGUCCUCCUGCUCCAUCACCGCCUUCACCGUGGAGAGGUACAUAGCUAUCUGCCAUCCAAUGAAGGCUCAGACAGUCUGCACAGUGUCCCGGGCCAAGCGGAUCAUUGCUGGCGUUUGGAUCUUCACCUGUGUCUACUGCAUGCUGUGGUUUUUCCUGGUGGACAUUCAGGUCAGUAAGGAUGGACAUGUGCAGUGUGGCUACAGAGUGAAACGCGAGCUCUACCUGCCCAUCUACCUCAUCGACUUUGCCAUUUUCUACGUAAUCCCGCUGCUCCUCGCCAUUGUGCUGUAUGGCUUGAUAGCACGCAUCCUCUACCUCAGCCCUCUGCCCAACCAUCCUGACACUAGUGCCACCACAUUGCGUCGGAGCUGCCGUGAAGCCUCUGAAGUGGGGAAAGGGGGUCGCCAGGGCCGGCCAAAGAGCGCGCUCUCCUCCAGGAAACAGGUGACAAAGAUGCUGGCAGUAGUGGUGAUUCUAUUUGCUCUACUGUGGAUGCCCUACCGGACUUUAGUUUUGAUCAACUCUUUUGUGUCCACACCAUAUCUGGAUGACUGGUUCCUCCUGUUUUGUCGAACAUGCAUCUAUGCCAACAGUGCUAUAAACCCUGUGAUAUACAACGCCAUGUCUCAGAAGUUUCGCUCAGCAUUUCGAGGGCUUUACCGCUGCCAGCGGCCAGAGGGAAAUCAGAGGACGCUGUCGAUGAUCCAGACUGGCUUCAACACCGUACGAGACAUCCGAUCGUCCCAGGCCAAUAGCAAUGGAACAAAUGAAAAAGCAAGGAGAGCGAUCCUGAAUACUGCAACUGACCUGAAAACAAAGCAGAAUGGAAGCAGUCAUCAGGAGACAGCAACAGUCAAUGGCAAGAAAGCAGAUCAUCCCAUCGACAUCAGCACAGCUACUGUUGGUUUGAAUGGUGGUCCAACUGAGACGGCGCCAUCUGGUGAUGAGGAGUUGGUUUGGGCUUCAUUAAAUGAUACCACAGUUAAUUUUGCAGACAGACAAAUAACAAACAAUCAGCAGGAAAGCAUGUAA